ACCACGCAGACUGAACAGCGACAGUCCGCCGGGCAGCUCCACCAGAGGAGGCUGCUCUGCUCGGUUACUAUGACGAUAUCCAUCUGACUGUUGUUUUUUUUUUACCUCUAAUGUCAUUGUCUUCUCCGCCUGUGUCGGGUGUUUAUUAACGCCUCCUCAUCUCUCCGGGUUGUGACCGUGAAGAGCUGCGUCUGUCUCGUCCAACUCUCCGGGAGGAAGCUGUGUGGUUCGUUUUCCCUCCACCAUCACUGAUGCUCGGACUCGCAGGGUCGGUUUCUUUCACCUGCUUUCUCUUCCGUCGGGUCGCCAGGCAAUGACGGGCUGUGACACCCCGGCUACAGGCAGCAGCAGCGUCCCGUGCACAGAGCCGUGCCCGUCAGCCUCGCCGGGCGACCACCGGGUUCCCCCGCCAGCGCCCCGCCGUCCGCCAUCAGCUCCCCGGCGGCUCCUGUGACAUGACAGCUCGGGGAAGGAAGAGGAGGGUUAGAGGGAGCGGACGGAUCGGAUCCCAGAGGAGAGGGCACAGCUCGGAAUCAGAGAAAAUAUAUGAUUGUGGAUUUUUUUCUGUGACACUGUAUUAAUCCGUGCAGGGUGUUUCUCUGGAGAGGGGUCAGAUCACGGGGUCAGCGGGGGCCCCCAGGAGCCGCUUCGUGUCCCCGUACAUGGACAGCAGCUGACACGACCUGGAUCCCCCUGCCCUCCACUGGAGCUUUAUUGUGAUUCUGUUGAUUUCUUUUUGAGCGGGGGCUAUAGUGUGGUACAGCACCCACCUUUGCCUUACAACAAGUCCCAUCUCAUGCACAGCCUCAUACUGGUCGAGUCCCAGUCAGCCGCGCUCUUCCCCGGGCCCGUCCGGCUCACCUGGCUGCUCCUCACCGUCUCCCUCACCUGCACAGACAUGGGCUGCAUCCAGAGCAUCGCCUGCAACAAGUCGCGGAUCAAGCGGGAGAACAUCGUGGUGUACGACCUGUCCGCCACCAUCGACCACUGCCCCACUGUCAUCGAGGAGAACUCGCCCAUCGUGCUCCGCUACAAGACGCCCUACUUCAAGGCGUCAGCGCGGGUCGUCAUGCCGCCUAUUUCGCGCAACGAGACCUGGGUGGUGGGCUGGAUCCAGGCGUGCACCCAGAUGGAGUUCUACAACACCUACGGAGACGUCGGCAUGUCGAGCUGGGAGCUGCCUCAGCUGCGCGAGGGCCUGGUGAGGGCCAUCAGCGACUCAGACGGCGUGAGCUACCCCUGGUACGGAAAUACAACAGAGACUGUCACCAUAGUGGGCCCCACCUCCAAGCCGUCCCGCUUCAUCGUCAGCAUGAACGACAAUUUCUACCCAAGCGUCACCUGGGCCGUGCCGGUCAGCGAAUCCAACACGCCCUUACUGACUAACAUCAAAAGGGACCAGAGCUUUACCACGUGGCUGGUGGCGCUCAACACCACGUCCAGGGAAAAGAUCCUGCUCCACACCAUCAAGUGGAGGAUGAGGGUCGAUAUCAUGGUGGAUCCGACCCUGCCCCUGGGCUCCAGGGCCAGACUGGUGGGCCGGGUGCAUCAGGACCAGCCUCGGGUGCUGACCCGCAUGGAGCCCAUCCCUCUCAACGCGAUGGGGAGGCCCAACGCCAACGACGCCCAGGUUCUGAUGUGGAGGCCGAGGAGAGGGCCUCCGCUUGUCGUCAUACCACCCAAAUAAGAGCAUUGAGGGCGUCUGAUUGGCUGAAUCCUAUCACAGUUGGCCACAUCUGCAGCGAAACAGCUCAAAAGAUAAUCAGAGAGAUUGAAAAACAAAUGGAGAUCUAUAAGCAGGUCGCAAUUUUUAUAAACUGCCGUUGGCACAAAUAAGAGUUGUGUGCGUGUUAAAUCUUGAGGGGACAGCUGCCUUAAUUCCCCACCGCUGCCUUUGACGAUCCAGAAAGUAUGUUGGCCUCUUCUUCAGGUGCUGUUAAGCUGUUUGGUUGUUCAGGAUUUACUUUAACAGCCCCAGCACAACUGAGCGAAGCUUUGUAUCACUGAAAAUCUGCCACCGGUGCUGGGAGGUAACACAAACCUGUACUGUAGCUACUCUGGUCCGGAAAGAACAAGUUUUAGAAAGGUUGUUUUGGCCUUAACGUCGACACAACCCUGACCUGCACAGUGAGGUGCAAGAGUGUAAACAAGUUCAUUCAUAACAGACAUAAAUAACUGGACUAUCAACUGAGAUGAUACUGGAUGAUGUGAUUUCAGGCAUGAUGCGAGUGUGUUUGUGUGUUUUCUAUAAUGGAGCCCCAGGGUCAGGUCCAGGCUUGCUGCUUUGUCACACCAGACUGCCUCACACACACUCACACACACCAGGGGGGUGAUUACGUUGUGUACAUGCAUCCUCAGAGCUAUUUUGCUUUUUACAUAUCACAGAAAAUGUAGAAAUCACAGCUUGGAGUCGUAUACGAAGCCCUGCAGCAGGAUUCCCCCCCCCCACCCCCCGUCUCAAUCGCAAAUGGCCAGUUCAUCCGAGCUGCAGAGCUUCUCCCUCCCUGCCUUUUGAAAGCCAGCGAUGCCUGUGUUGAUGACAGUAGAAACCAGGUUUCACAUUUCCCCCGUCCCAUCCCAUCACAUUUGUGGGGUUAGCCGAUUUUGUACGUGUCAUAAAACGAGUCUGUCCACAGUGGCUGUGUGAGGAGACAAAUGGAGCCCCGCUGUACGUCUUCAUUUGGUCAAUAUGUGUUGUUGAAGAACAGAGAUUGUGGUGAAAGAGAACUGUAGUCAUACUUAAAGGAUUGGUUCAGCCAAAAUGACAAAACAAGUCUCUAAUUUGCUUAUAGCCCUUAUCCAGCCAUGCAGAUUUUCACUUUUUAGGAACGUAAUUGUGCAAGCUUUGAAAUACUGAAUCUAUCUGUGAGAUUUCAAACAAAAGAAGUCAAAUACAUUUCUUUAGCGAUCACAGCUGUGAGCUAAACGCUAACGACUGCAUGCUAACUUGCUCGACAUAACAAUGCUUAUCAUCUUAGGUUCGAAUUUUAACACGCCAACAUUAGCUAAUUAAAACGUAUUAUAUUAUUAAACUAUUGAUGUUGACGCAUGUGAAGUUACUACAAUUUAUCAGGGGGGAUUGGCCAUAGACUUUAUACAAAGAUGGAUGAUGCUUCUUAACUUCCUCCCAUUGUGCAAAACAUCCUGGAUACAGGCGCCGCCAUCUUGCGCUUUUGACUUAAUUUAAUUUAUGAUGCGGCGUCUGUG